AUGUCAGGCCACAUUGUAUAUCAUGGUGUGCCACACACGCACAAUGAUGACAGCGACCGGGAAUCUUACCCGACGCUGUUCGCGGGGCAAAAACUAUGGUUCUCCCAUGCUAUCCCCCAACGGCAGCAGAUGAUCCAGAAAGCUCAACUCAACGGCGCCGUGGUUGUGAGUAGAGAUACUGAGGCCGAUGUCAGACUUGUCGACCACCUCAGGAAGAACAAUGCGCCAGGAACAUACUCGUACAGAUACGUUGAACUCUCCCUCCGCAAUGGCCAACUCGAGAAUCUGGCCGACCAUGCCGUCGGAGCGCCCUCACGAGUCUCGCGGCCUGUCGGCAGUACUAUCACAGCCCCUAAGUCUGGAAGGACACCCUUCACUGCGGAGGAUGACCAAUUCCUCUGGGACUGGAUGAAACCCUUCAUUGACCGUGGAGGGGCUUGGAAGGGAAAUGAGAUCUACAAGCAGAUGGAAGAGGCGAAUCCGAGACAUACCUACCAGAGUUGGCGUGACAGAUGGAUUAAACACACUCAAUUUCACAAGCGACAAGUCCGUGAGACUGUUGCCCCUGAGCAGCCUCGUAUGGACGAGCCAGAAACCCGUCUAUCGCAUAGUGUACCCAAAAGAAGGCAUCGGCCAGAAUUACCUGAUGAUAGAGGCCGCGCACGAGCCAAACCUGGGGUCGAUCCAAGUCAGUCUGUAACAGCCGUGAGUGGCAGAGUCGCAAACAGGCUGCCAAACAUUGCUGCUCCACAUGGGGAAGGAAGCCUCACUGUCCCGACCACUCCUAGAAGUCCCGAAGUUGUUGCCGAUACGCAUCACGAUGACAGCCAGACACAAUCUCCAACAAAUCCCCAGUCUACGACCCGGGCCUCAUUUACUAUAGAAGAAUAUUACGAGCUUUACGAGUUGGCAGCGACAUUUGAGGGUGGACAGUUCAUUGAUUUCGACACGCCAUGGGAGGAGUUGGCCCGGCAGCGUGGUACACAUACACCUGCCGAAUGGAAGCAUUUCUUUAUUUCAAGGAUUAUUCCUGACUAUUGCAAAGCUAAGAAUUUGACUGUGUCAGAGGCUGCUCCUUAUUUGGCGGGCGAACCUGACGAACAUACUACGAACACAGACGAACUGCUCGACUCCAGGGAAAAGGUUGAGGCGACAUCUGUCACAUCUGAAACCCAAGACGAUGCCGAAUGUGCAAAUUGCUUUACCACCGAAACUGUCAGAUGGCGACAUGAUAAAGAGGGCAAGCUCAUUUGCGAUGAAUGUGCCAAGUUUGUGAGACGACAUGGCUAUCACAGGCCGUCGACAGCUUUGUCGGUCGACGAUGCUGCGAUGAACAAGGACGAAGACAAACAACCCGAAAUACAUGCAAGAAAGCGUCGCAUCACAGACGGUCGGACCAAUUCCGCCGCCAGCACCAAUCUUCCCCAAAAUACCAAUCGUGUAGGCAGCACUAGCUCUCCAGCGCCUGUUCGCGGAGACUACCCUCAACAGGUACCGUCUGACACACCACCCUCAUUUCAGCUUGAGACUUCACUCGCAAGUCGUCCGCCUGGACCUAACGAGUCAAGGAAGAGGCGUGCUGGAAAGGGUUCACAGUCGCAGUCUACGCAGGAAUCCAGUCAAUCCGGCACUCAAAGCCAGACCGUGGACGACAGUCUUCGACAGGAAAGCCACAAUCAAACGCUACCGUCGAAAGGUCUGACAGCAGAUAUGCGAGAAUUCCAGUCUAGGGAAAGUGACACCCAUGCACAACCUUCAACCGUUAGUGAAAACGACACAUCGCGAGAAGCUGCAACCGCGUUCCUGGUCUCUGUGGGAGGGAAACGUAAGCCUCCGCAAGAUGAGCUGGGGGACAUAAGUUGUUGGCAACACUCUUCAAUCAGCAUACAGAACACAAUCCGUAGUUCAUCACGCAGCCUAGUAGUGACGGAUUCACAGUGGGAUGAUGCGCUCCUUCACCCUAUGACUUCGUCUAACCCGCCCAAGCGUGCACGAACCUUUCGUGGCUACUCCCCAGUCUCUGCCACGCAGUCUGACAAUGAUGAUGACGAGAUGCGCAAACACUCUAGGAGAUCAAAGUCGGGUCUAGCUGCAGAUUUCAGUGGCUCUGCUACCCCCUUGCGAGACCAGGCAUCCGAACAAUUCGAGACUGCCCAGGAGUCCAUCUGGGAAUACGAGACAGGACCAGAAGAACCGCUUCAGUCAAACGGUCAGAGAAAGACACCACUGGCACUGUCUAAUCGGCCUGAAGACAUCAAAGCCGAGCUUGCCAUAGCUAUUGAACAUCCAGAGUCUUCAGACAGGAUCGACGCAGUUAGCGACGGUAUAUCUGAUGUGGCUCAUGAAGAAAAUAUCAGGGUGAAUGCCACGAGGCUCACAGAAAUAGAUGAAUCCGACCACAGCCAGGAUUUUCUGAAAGUCCGGCGCAGGCUGAGUGACCACAGCUUCCUUGAACCUCCUCCGAUUCUCUCAUAUCCUGCUCUUGGGAAUCCGCAGGCGUCAUCUGGCGCUGCAGAUAUGCCAAGUUCCUCGGAAGAUGCCAGUGGCAAGAGGGGAGAAGUCGAGGAAGAGCAGAUAGAACAAGAAACCAGAGAGGAUUCGUCUCCUGAGCCUGACGGUCACGAAACAGAUGAAUGGAUGGCUCUUCAGCAAACCCUGCAUUCAAACGUCCCGGACUUGGAACCCGUGCUGUUCAAAGCCCUCGAGUCCACCAGCUUCGAUUUUGGACUCGCAAGUGAAGUCGUGGAGAUAAUGCUAACAAAUCGACGUCGUGUCCUAGAGGAGCAGCGAGGGCGGGGCCUAAGGAGCGGCACCGGAAAGUUGACUGAGCUAGCAGAAGCCAACUUGGAUAUGGAGGGUCUCCUCCCACGAGCUAUGCGGGGCGUCUGGACCGAGACGGAUGACUCUCUCCUCCUUAGUCCAGACGCAAAUGAUAUGAAUACGGUGUUGAGGAAGCAUGGGCGAAACGUAUGUGAUUUGCGCUUCGAGUUUUUGAGGCACUUCGUGGAGGAGUGA